GCCAAUAUUCGCUACUUUCAUAUUCAAAGAGCAAGAGCAGAGAAAAUAAAGUUCAAAGCACUUUUCAGUCUAGUUCAAUAAAGAAAACAAAAGAAUAAUUUCAAAAGAUAUUUGCGUUGUAAUUAUAUUUAAAGUGGAUAUUCGAAAAUGGAAGCAAAUGUAAGUGAGCAAAAUGUUGUAUCCGUACCAGGAGAAGUGGACGCUAAUGAUGGUUUGGUAGAAUCAUCGUCUGCAACGGUGACGGCGGCAAGUGAAAGCGUGUCAACGGAAAAUACAACUACAACAGUUGAAAAGAGUAAUGUAAAAGUAUCGAUUGAAGAUGAUGAUGAUGCGGAGACAGAGGAAGAGCCGCCUUUAAAGCGGAAUAAAACUGAAAAUUUAGUGAACGAAAGUUCAAGUAAAGCUGAGGACGAUGAAAUUAGUUUAAGCAAUAUCUCUACAACUUCUUUAGCUGGCACCAUACCAGAUAAAACUGCACAAACCUUAAGUAAAUCUAAACACUUCAAUUUUGAAGAAGCAGCCUUGAAAAGUGCCCACCCGCGUAAAUUCCAACGCAUACCAAUUUUCGUAGCUGAUUAUCACAAUGAUGUAUUGGAAUUUAUAUAUCGUUCUCUGGCAACACGUCAUUUGCCACUUGCAAAUAAUAUAAUGAUACAUUUUGAUUCCCACCCCGACAUGGUCAUAUCGCGUGAGAUACCCGCAAGUGCAUCCUUCGACAAGGAAACUAUGUUGGCUGAACUUAGUAUUGAAAAUUGGAUAAUGCCGGCUUGUUAUGCAGGUCACUUUAAUAGAAUCGUGUGGUUGAAAAACUCAUGGUGCCAACAAAUUCCCAACGGUAAAUACAACUUUAAAAUUGGAAAUAAAAACGAUAAAAUAAGUGUUGACUGUCCAAUUGACUAUUUCAUAUCCGAGGGUAACUAUGUUGAAACAAAAGAGUUGCAAGAAGCUCGUGAUAUGGAACUGCAAGUGUUUGAUGUUGACACUACCCUCGAUAGUGCACCCAUCGAUCCUACGCAAUUUCUAAAACCUACAGAUGCACCAAAUUUUGUUUUAGACAUCGACUUGGAUUUCUUUAGCACUUCCAAUCCAUUUCUAGAAAUAUAUAAAGAUGCAAACUGCUACGAACAACUCACCGAUAUCUUCCGUUACCACAUAAAUACUGAUGAUUGCGGCGACACAACAGCGCGUCGUAAACUACAACUUGAAGCUCUUAAGAAUAUAUUUGAACAAUUAGAAGAGAAGAGAAAUCUGGAAGUGCUUUCACCUGCACCUGAUCCCAAUAUUAUUACACCGGAGAUCUACACACGUAUUGAUAAUCUCGUAAAAUCGUUACAAAAACAUUAUGCCGAUGAUGAGAUUGACUGGCUGCUUAUAUAUGAUUCGGGCAGCACAACAGACGCUAACGGCUUGCCACAUCAUAUCAGCACCAGCGAGGAAUUGGAACAAUAUUUCGGUCAAUUUAAACAGUUUUUACAAAAGUUACCCAUACCACCAGUGCUAAUUACAAUAGCAUGUUCGGCUGAAGAUGAUUACUGCCCCAGACAGCAAGUAGAUCUCAUUUUGGCGCGUGUAUUGAAAAUUUUACGUGAAGUUUUUGGCGAACGUUUGCAUAAAAAACCUAUACUACACUAUUUGGACGAAGAAUGGGAUGUAAUGAAGCUGUAAUGUGUUUAAAUUUAAAAUCGAUCGGCUAUCUGUGAAUUUUAUUCCUAUUUUACAAACCUACAUAAAAGCGAAUGAACUCCAAUAUCUUCAAAUGAAUAAGCAUACACAUACAUAUUUACAUCAAAGCAUUACUGCAAGUAAGUUCGAAAUACAGAGCUAAGUUUGUAAGAUAAUGCAGCGAUUUAAAGAUUAUGAACACUUAAAAAGCAGAUGAGUUGUGCACAAUUUAUACUUAGUGGUAAGACAUGAAGUAGUAAUUAUUUAGAAUAUCAUUUUAUAAACAGUGAAAAGUGAAAAUUAUAUAUAUAUAUAUGGAAUACUAAUAAGAAUAUUUAAAGCAUAGAACUGUGAAAAUCAACUACAUAGUUAUAAAACUCGAUAAAAUUAAUUAAGUUGGGGCAAAAAUUAUCAAGAAUCAAUAAAAAGAGCCUGUGUUGAUGCUCAUAAAAUCGUUGUAAAAUUUAA